GUGAAAAUUACUCACGUUUGUUUAAGAGAAUAUCAAAAUAAAAACUUGGUAACGAAAUUAAGAAUAGGUUCAGUGUGAAAAACGGGGAUGUGUGCUCUCAAGUGGAUUGUGUGCAUGGUAGCAUUGUUUGCGGCCGAUGUACACACCGGCACAUUGCAAACAACGGGUAUAUCUCCACGAAGAUGUCACCACUGCUUUGUGAAUGCUACGAACAACUGCGAGCCGGGAGAUCAAAUAACUGUUCUGUGUCCGAUAGGAGAGCCUUACUGUGCGACUGUGGCUAUAGCACCCAAUUUUAUAUCGACUGUAACGUGUGCAGCGGCAAGCGAGUCUCCUUGCUUAUUAAGAUUUAAUUUGAAGUCCGCCCUGGAGUUGAUCUGUACAUGCACUAAGCCCCUUUGCAAUUUGCCGUAUUCCACUCAACUACGGAACGAGCUGUUAAAUUUUUCAACGAAUAUUCAGUCUAACGCUAGCGAUGAGCUCACUGAAGCGUUCCUAAAAUCGUCACUGUUUGCAAACGUGACUAAAGCGAAACUGUAUGAUAUGAUAACCUCUCCCGGCGAAGCGAUUGUUAAGCCUUCAUUUUUGUCGUCCCAAUCAACUGCUAUUGAUUUAGAGUCGAUCGAUGUUGAGGAAAUUAAACCUCGUGCUGAGAGUCUAAAGCAAGCGACCGUUCCACCUGAUGAUGAAGACGACGGCGAAGGUAGUGGCUUGGAAGACAGCAAGACUCCGGUAUCAGCGCCAGCUGCCCCGAGCUCAUUUUUACCAGCCCAAGAAAAUAAUGCGCCGCCAUUAAUAUUAAAUAUAUAUUUGGUAUACGCAUUGAUGUAUCUGCAAAACCUGUAGGUACCUAAAAAUGUAAUUCCUCUACAGAUUAUAAUAAAACCAUUAAAGAAUUAAAUAAUUAUAGUGUUUACAUUGAUAUAUAAUGCGUGUAUAUAAAUAAAGGGAACAAAUUUCCAAUUUAAAUCUCGUCAUUGCCAAAAUAUUAGCAAGUAAGCCAACACUUCUAUACAAUAUAAAAAUUAAAAAUAUUAACGUCUACGAGAUAUUUGAUAGUGACAUCCGUUUUAAUAUUUAAUUGUCUUAGAAAUGUAAUUAGAUAUUUGUCAAUUGAUCACGAGAUAUGAGAAAUAUUUAGACUUUAGAUUGAAAACAAUUUAAGUUUCAUUAUAAUUCUACAUUCAU